UUUUUUUAAUUUCAGUCUCUGUUUUUCAUUUUCGUAGAUUAUUGUGUUCUUCGUUGAUUCUGGUUUUGUUCUUCUCUUGUUUGGCUUAAUUCUGGCCUGAACAGGUUUCUCCUGUUCUUGUUAACAGAAGAUUUUCGUCUUAAUUUGAAAGUUAUCGUCCUCUACUGCCUGAACAAAUUUCCGGCUCUCUUAAAUUUUUAGUUUCUUUUUUUUUUUUUUUGAGUAUCAAGACUUCUUAGCUCAUGAGCAAAUUAUUGAUUCUUGCUCUUUUGUGAAUAUCAUCUUAAUUUGAACCCUGCACCUCCAAAUUCUGUGUAUUACAAAGCUACUUUUCUACUCAAAUUGUUCUUUUUUGUUUACCAUUUAACAAAAACAUUGAAUUGGUUUUGAAGCCCACAACCCAAUUUAUUACUGACUGAAUUCAAGCACUUGUUUAUUAUCGAUAUCAACUUGAUUAUUAGAGCUAUCAACUUGUUUAUUAUAGAUAUCAGUAUUCAUAGUAUGCACAUUUUAGUUUUUAGGUGAAACUAAAAUGUGUAAACACAGUCCUACGUUGGCUAAGGAUGUUGGCUAGGCAUGUAUCUCCAUUGGUAGGAUGCUUUUUAGAUAUGGAUAGCCUAGUGGACUCUUUAAAUAACGCAUAUCAGGAGUUUGUUUCUGGAGCAGCCAAUGUCCUUGAAGCAAACGAGGCCUCAGGGGCUCAGAAGACAGCAGCAACCGAUGCGGCUCUUGAAAAUUUUAAACAGAAAUGGGAGCUAUUCAGGGUAGCUUGUGAUCAAGCAGAGGAAUUUGUGGAGUCUGUGAAGCAAAGGAUAGGAUCAGAGUGCCUUGUUGAUGAGGCCACUGGUUCACUGGCUGGCAAGUCUGGGCAGGCGGCCGCCACCGCCGCCACUGCCGGCCUUCCUCCGAUCAGUGCCGUUCGGUUGGAACAGAUGAGCAAGGCUGUGAGAUGGCUUGUGAUUGAGCUGCAGCAUGGGUCAGGAGCUGCUGCUGCUGCUGCUGCUGCAGCUUCUGCUUCAGCACACUCCCACCCUUCUGCUCCCUUUGAUGCUAGAUUUACUGAGGAUGCAACACAAUAGAGAUACCCAUAUCUCAUGAGGGCUAUAACAUAACAAGUUUCUUUGUGUUUUGCUUGAAUUUACUCUUUGGGUGAGGCAUUUUACUGUGCAAGAUAAACGUCUUGAACUUCGACCGAAUGUAAAAAAUGAAUCCCUUCUCGUGUACCUAUGGUUAAUCUAAUAGCUCAAACCCAUCGCUAGCAGAUAUUGUUCUCUUUGGACUUUUA